CACAGGCUGUGGAGACCUGGGCCUUCUGCACCCGAUCUGGAGGUGGCCCCGAUUUGUGUUCCCUGAUCACUCCCCCUUAAAUUCAAACCCGCAGAGAUUUGGGGAAAUGCCGUUGACCCUGUUGCAGGACUGGUGUAGGGGGGAACAUCUGGACACCCAGAGGUGCAUGCUCAUCCUGGGGAUUCCUGAGGACUGCAGCGAGGAUGAGUUUGAGGAGACUUUCCAGGAGUCUUUCAGGGCCCUGGGUAGAUAUAGGGUAAUUGGCAGGAUGUUCAGGAGAGAGGAGAACGCCCAAGCAUUUCUGCUGGAGCUUGCGCAAGAUAUCGACUAUUCUUUGGUCCCCAGGGAAAUACCAGGAAAGGGGGGGCCGUGGGAAGUGAUUGUAAAACCCCUUAACUCAGAUGGCGAAUUUCUCAGUAGACUGAACCGCUUCUUAGAGGAGGAGAGGCGGUCUGUGUCAGACAUGAACAGAGUUCUCCAGUCAGACACAAACUUCUUGGCUCCGAGAGUGACUAUAUCACCAGAUUUAUGGACCUGGGCCCAGACCCUGGGGGCAGCAGUGCAGCCUCUGCUAGAACAAAUGUUGUACCGAGAACUAAGAGUGUUUUCUGGGAACACCAUAUCCAUCCCGGGGGCGCUGGCCUUUGAUGCCUGGCUUGAGCACACCACUGACAUGUUACAGAUGUGGCAGGUGCCUGAGGGGGAAAAGCGAAGGCGGCUGAUGGAGUGCCUGAGGGGCCCUGCUCUGCAGGUGAUCAGUGGGCUACGGGCAGGCAAUGCUGCCAUCACUGUGGAGGAAUGCUUGGCAGCCCUGCAGCAGGUGUUUGGACCUGUGGAGAGUCGUAAGAUUGCCCAGGUGAAGUUCUGUAAGGCCUAUCAGGAGGCAGGAGAGAAAGUCUCUAGUUUUGUGAUACGCUUAGAACCCCUGCUCCAAAAAGCUGUAGAAAAAAAUGCGGUGUCGCGAAGAAAUGUGAAUCAGACUCGCCUGAAACAGGUCUUGAGUGGGGCCACUCUCCCUGACAAACUCCGAGACAAGCUUAAGCUGAUGAAACAACGAAGAAAGCCUCCCGGUUUUCUGGCACUGGUGAAGCUCCUGCGUGAGGAGGAGGAGUGGGAGGCCACUUUAGGUCCAGAUAGGGCAAGGUUGGAAGGGCUGGAAGUAGGCCCAAGGCCAUCAGGAGUCAGUGCAGUUGGGGCACUGUCUGUCCCUGCCUUGAGCAACCGUUUUGAGGCAAAGCUUUCCCAUGGUGCCCGGCGCCGGAGGGGCAGAGGCCAACACCGAAGAGGGGGUAUGCCCAGGGCUGGCUCUCGAGGCUCAAGAAAACGGAAACGCCACACAUUCUGCUAUGGCUGUGGGGAAGAUGGCCAUAUCAGGGUAGAGUGUUUCAACCCCUCCAACCAGCCCUUGGUAAAGCAGAAGAGACAGACUGCAAAUGAAUCGGGAAACGGGAAAUGGGCUUGGGACAAGAGCCAUCCCAAGUCCAAGGCCAAGUAGGCUCAGGCCAGGACAACACUUUCUACCACAGGCCAAGGAGACAAAAGAAAUAUUGGAAGGCAGGGAAGGGACAGCCCAUGCAAACUGUAGGGUCCUUGCCUGGUGCACGGGGCCAGGGCAGCCAGGCCCAGGCUGAGCCCCCUCACCUACCUGCAGCCGGAGGGGACUCCAACAACCAAGACCAAACCACACGUGACUCAGUGAGGGCCGGGCUCAGGGCCUGGAGGAGGUGCAGGAAAUGCAUUCGGAGAGCUGCUGCACCUAGCACCUGGGGUGCCUGGACCUGGGACGGGGACCCCCCAAAAGCAUGGGCUGAAGAAGGUGUGGCUGGGGACCUAGGCCUGGGUGACAGCCCAGCCAUCUUGCCACCUCUAAACAUCCACCCUGUGGGCUGUGAGCUAAGGAGGCUCACCAGCCCCCAAGCAUUGCAGGAUCUUGAGGAGUCUGCCCUGGGGCCACCCCUGCCAGGAUUCAGGGCCUGUGAGGAAGACCUGCGAGGCAGAGUGCCAAAGCCCUGCAGGGGAGACUGCAGGCUGCAGCCGGUCUUCAGGAUGAUCUACACUACGCUCGGGGAGCCCCAGGAAAGCAGCACCCUGGAGUUCCUGUGCCAGUGAAGGCAGGAGACCCCAAGGCCCCGGGAGCCCAGCACCAGCCUAGGGGAGGUUGCCAUAUCCUGUGUCCUGCCAGAACUGUGCAGACUAUGGGGAAGACCCCUGGCAGGGGCCCUGGCAGAGACCACAGUGGGUGUGCAGGGAAGCUUUUGUUCCAAAACAGGAGGAAGAGGAGUAAUAGGAGGAGUAGCAAGAAGAAGUAACAGGAGAGAAAAUUCUCUAUUUUACGGAAGAAAAAGGUAAUAGAAGGAAGAGGAGGAGUAACAGGAGGGGGAGGAUGAGGGAAGGCUUGGGGGUGUUUUUUUCAGCUUGUGUUUAUGCAGAGGCCUGGAGCAAGCAGACAACAAGAACCUGGGGCUGGCAUGGCCAUCACAACUCACCAGCUGCCAAUGUCAAGGCCAGUCCCAAACCCUACCAACUUGGGGAGCCAACCUGGAAGCAUCUCUGAGCAGCCAGCCACAGCUUGGGUGAGGGCAUCUGCCACCCAAGGAGGACCGGGAGGCCUUUGGGAGAGAGGCCAACUCAGAGGUGCUGGUUGUCUGGACCUCCCAAGAGGGGCCCCCCAUUCACCGUCCCCAGGGCAGGCUGUGACCUAUUCUGGGAAGCCCCCCCCACUUAUCUGUGUAGGCCCCAUAGUGAACCAGAUAUCCAGCACAUGUGCCCCGCUUUCCUAGCCACUAGCCAAUGAACUUAUGCAAAGCCACUCACUGUGCUUGUUACAGCCCCGGGGGCCUGUCUGCUGGGCCAGCCACCUCUGGGCCCGGGGCAUGUUCUGUGAGCUUCAGUGCCAGCUCAGGCUCUGCUGCCUGCCAUCCCGUGUCGUGAGCUCAGCCUUUGCUUUCUUGGUGUAGAUGUAGGCUGACUGCUUGCCCGUCCUUGCACAGAUGUGUGUUCUUACCCAAGCAGCUCCUCCCCGGAGACCCUGAGCCCAGUCCCAGGAGACAGCAGGAAGGACAGAGGAGGGUGGCAGGGAUGUGCACCCACACACCUUGAUGAGAGGAGCUGGCCCAGUAUGGGGGCUUUGAAAGGCUCCCUGAGGACUGUGCUUUGAUGUCUCUCCCCUGUUGUCCCUUAUGACUCAGUUUCCUCAACUUAGUGGGGUGUGUCCUGCUGUUAUUUCUGGUAUCUGACUGUCCAGUGUGGGCCAUGGAGCAGGGGCAGGGCCAUGCCCCAGUGGGUGGGCCCCGAGGGGCUUCCUUGAAGUGAGUGGCCAUUGCCAGAGUCUCGCGUCCUGGCAAGAGGCAGAUGGUGGGACCCGGGACCCAUGGCCUCUAGUGGCGGUUAACAGUUGCUGUCUGUGUUGCUGUUCCCGUCUCUAUAGUGGUUGUGCUAAAUGUUUCUCUUCAAUAAAUUGCAUUAAAUCUUC